GGAAGGGGGGGUUGUAAGCUUACCGCGCAUUAGAUUCGUGCUCGGUGGGUCGCCAUCAACCAAUCCUCCCCGUUGAGCUAUAUCGUCGUGUCCAAAAUCUAUCACGACAAUACCCUCCUUGAGCCGCGAUGAGCUCACCAUCCUUUAAAGCCAAGGGGAGGGAUAAAGCCAUAUCCCCCCUGCGCAGCUGAAAAGCAAAGCUCACUUGAUUCAAGACAAACCCAGACCAUACAGCCCUUCCACAAUGGCUCCCUCUUUGUCUUUCCCAUUACCCAGUGAUAUCACACAGCAGCAAUGGAAGUCUUUCGCUAUUGAACACAAGCUGGGCCAGUCAGCAUUGCAUGAGUCAUGUCAAUCCCACCAGAUCGCACCAGAACAGCUCUUUCAGGCGGCGUGGGCCACCGUCGUGGCCGCCUACGACCACGAUGAAGAUGUCUACGCAGACAUCACAGUGCGGGGACAAGGGGCUUCGAAAGCCUGCCUAUGUCACUUCACCGUCACGCCGUCUCAGUCGAUUCGGGAUGUUCUCACAACGGUGACUGCCACCGACGGUGGCAUCCCACCGAGCCCCAGUCACUGGAGCUCACUUGAGUAUGUGCAUUCGGGAUCGGAUGUGGCCCCGACCAAGCGCCCCCGACGUGAGGAGCAUAUCUCAAUGCGACUGGUUCUGUGUGAAGAUGACAGCACCUUGCGUGUUCAGCAUCGCCAGGCAGCUAUGGGCUCCGAUCGAGCUAGAAGCAUGGCACACGGCUUGGUCCAGGUCAUCACCCAAGCCAUGCACAAUCCCGACGUGAAAGUCAAGGAUCUCGAUUUGAUCAGCCAGAUAGACCUCAACACCAUACUACAGUGGAACGAUUACCCACUCCAUCUCGUGGACGCUUGUGUGCACGAGAUCAUUCAGCAACGCGCAUGCGAGCGACCGGACUCCCUCGCUAUCCGGGCUUGGGACGACGACCUGACGUACAGUCGACUAGACGACCUUGCGUCCCGUCUGGCUUUACAUCUCCGGCUCUGUGGCGUCAAAGUCGGAGACGUGGUCCCUUUUCUAUUCUCUAAAUCUGCUUGGGCAGUGGUAGCCAGCCUGGCCACGCUCAAGGCGGGAGCCGCCGCCGUGGCUUUAAGCCCUGACCACCCCCUCGCGCGGUCUGAGGCUAUCAUACGCCACACCCAAGCCUCCCAUAUCCUGGUCUCACGCGAGCACCAAGGGCUGGCGGACUCGCUUCGCCUGCGCACUACCAUCGUGGUCGCGCGGGACCUGUUCCCUAAUCUUCCCGCCAACAGCACGGAGCUGCCGGCAGCUGCGGCGGUCCGCCCCCAAGAUCCAGCCUUCAUUCAAUUCACCUCCGGAAGUACGGGGGAACCGAAAGGGAUCAUCCUGGAGCACCGGGGCUUUUGCACGAGUGCGGCCGGACAGCAAAGGUCCCAGAAUAUGACGCAAGCGUCCCGUGUCCUGCAAUUCGCGGCGUAUACGUUCGACGCCGCGCUGCAGGAAACCUUCACGACCCUGAUGGCCGGCGGAGUGGUGUGUAUUCCAUCCGAGCGAGACCGCACCAGUCGACUCGCUGCGGCGAUGCGUGAAAUGGAAGUCAACUGGGCUUUCUUCACGCCCACCCUCUGCGCUACACUCCAGCCGAGUAGCGUCCCGUGUCUCCGCACGCUGGUCUUGGGUGGGGAAGCCCCGAGCCCUGAGUUGAUACGAACCUGGUCUUCCAGGGUCAGCCUACUGAAUGGAUACGGCCCUUCGGAAUGCUGCAUUUGUUGCUCUGUGCAUCCCGUGAGCAGCAAUGGGUCCGACAGCCCGCUGAACAUCGGCGUUGCCAUUCCUGGCGUGAAGCUUUGGAUCGUGCGUCCAGAGAACCACGCCAUUCUGGCGCCCAUCGGCGCGAUCGGGGAACUGGUCGCGCAGGGCCCCAACCUGGCAAGAGGUUAUCUGGACGCAUCCAGCGCUACAUCUUUCAAUUUUGUGAAUGAGGUCCCUUGGUCCACUGACCAGUGCUUCCGUCGGGUGUACAAGACGGGCGACCUCGUUCGGUACCUGGCUGAUGGGUCCAUCGAAUUCGUGGGGCGCAAGGAUACCCAGAUCAAACUUCGCGGUCAGCGCGUUGAGCUAGGCGAAAUCGCCUCCCACGUGCGGACGCACCUUGGACGUUCCGAUGUACAAGUCGCUGUGGAUGUCGCACCGGUCUCACUGCGAGGAACACCGACCCAGCAGCUGCUUGCCUUCUUAACCAUGCCGCCAGCAGCACUGGAGGGCUCGAAGGUUUCUCUGGAUGUCGUCCCUCGCCUCCCUCCUCGGUGUGGGAGGCUCACGCCUUCCCUCAACGAUCAGCUCCUUGCGCUCAAGGACAGUCUGGGCACUACGCUCCCCCGACACAUGGUCCCCGCCCUCUUCGUGCCAGUCACCUACCUGCCCGUCAGUCUAGCGGGUAAACUCGAUAGGAAAAUGCUUCGGGCCCUGGUGGCCGAUCUGUCAGAGAUGGAGAUACUGGAGUAUUCAUUGGCGUCACCAGGGACACGGCAAGGGGCCCGAGAUUCGCGAGAGGCCAUUCUUGUCAGGGCCUGGUCCGAGGCUCUACGGGUCCCUCCGCAAGAUAUCAAUGUGACGGACGAGUUCUUCCUUUUGGGCGAUUCCAUUGCAGCCAUUGAGCUAACCACCGUCCUCCGAAGCCGUGGGUUCCAUUUGACUGUGGCGGAUAUCUUCCAACACCCCCGCUUAGAGUCACAGGCGCUGAUUCUAGCGGAACUGGUUGGGGAUCAAUACCAGGAAGCGAAGCCGUUUUCCCUGGUUGAGGGCAUAGGAGCGCAAGACCUUGAGGCCAUGCUGCGACUUUCCGAGGUCCCGCUUGGGGAUCUUGAUGACCUUUUACCGAGCACCCGCAGGCAGCAGGCUUUGUUCCUCAGCCAGACGGAACUCCCAUCGCGACUGUCGCAGGUGGUCCUCGAGCUCGACCAUACUGUGGGGAUCCCCGAAUUUCGCUUAGCUUGGUUGGCAGUCGUGAAACGCAGUAGCAUCCUGCGGGGUCGUUUGGUCGCUGAUGGACAGGGAGGCUUGCUGCAAGCCGUUGCCAAACAAUUGCCACCCUGGGAGGAUAUUUCCAGCCUGCGUGACCACCUCGCCGACCCACGCUUCGGUGGACCUUGGCGCAAUGGCCAGCCCUUGGUGCACUUUGCGCUUCGACAGGGUGAUGAUAGGUGUCGGAAAAGUGCCUUUGUCCUGUCGAUCCAUCCAGCACUGAUCGAUUGGGUCGCGCUACAAUUGCUCCUUGACCAGUUCCAGAACGAAUACCGUCAACUAACGGGUGGCCUCGCAAUGCCCUACUCCCGUUACGUGGAGCACCUCACUCAGGCGGACCAUGCAGCCUCCGCCAUGUUCUGGAUGUCGGAACUUUCGGAGCCGAACUACCUCCACUACCCCGAUGUCCCCUCCUCCGUUGCCACGGCAGACCAGCUCUCGCGGUCCUCGCUCUCGGCGUCGCUUGAUCUUCCCGACCGCUUGGAUGAACUGCGGCCCCUCGACGCCCUGGUCCACCUCGCCUGGGCCGUGGUUCUUUCCUCUCGAACACUCUCGGACGAUGUCAUCUUUGGGACUGCGCGGGCGAGUCGCCCCGCAUCGAUAGGCACCCUGGAGGCAGUUAUGGGCCCCACGGAAGCCGUCGUGCCCGUUCGUGUGCGGCUCACGAAAACAGACAGUAUUCAAGUGGCCGUGGUGGCUCUCCAAGAUCAAUUGCAGGCAAUCACGGUUCAUUCUUAUCUGAAUGGGCCCCAGCUCGCGGGCAUUGGGCCAGAGGGAGAGGCGGCCAGUCACUUUCAGAAUUUGUUGGUCGUUCAUCCAGCGCUGAAAACGCCCCCAGAUCUCCUGACCACUAUGGAAGGCUAUCCACCCUUUCUGGAUGCAGGUCGUUACCACCAGUAUCCAGUCACGGUGGACUGUACUUUGGCAGCUGCCCGGGUCGAGUUGCGGCUUUCGUUCACAAAAGCGAUCGUGUCCCAGGCGGAAGCCCAAACACUCUUACGGCAGCUGCAGUCUGUUCUGCGCGAGUUGCUGUCACGGCCGGCGGAGACCACGAUUCAGAACCUCUCAUUGCUGACUGCUGAUGAUUACGCACAGCUCGUGGCCUGGAACCGCGCGGCACCGCAGCCCGUCCGCGAGACGGCGCAUGGCUUGUUUACUGCACGAGCGCAAAGGCAGCCUCAGGCCGUCGCCGUGGAAUCAUGGGAUGGCCGUCUCACCUACGCGGAGCUGGACCGGUAUUCCACGCACCUGGGCCGGUAUCUGCUGGCAGGUGGGCUUACGCCGGGCCGCGAGGUGGUGACCGUGUGUUACGAGAAGUCGCGGUGGACGCUGGUGGCGAUGCUCGGUAUUCUCAAGGCAGGCGGCGCCUUCACCCUCAUGGACCCCUCGCACCCAUCGCCACGACUGAAGUUUAUUGCCGACGAAGUGGGCAGUCGCUUCAUGCUGUGCUCCCCGCGAUACGCGACCAAGGCGGCGGGGCUGGCCGCUCACCCGAUCAUCGUCGACGAGAGCUUCUUCCACGGGGACUUACCAACCAAGCAGUCCGCUGAUCUCCCCGCCGUAUCACCGGACGCAAUCAUGUACGUCUUCUACACCUCGGGGUCUACGGGCAUGCCCAAGGGCCACCGUACGCCGCAUGCCGCCUUCUGCUCGGCCGCCACGGCCCAGGCCCGCGCCCUGGGGCUCUCGUCCACCACACGGAACUUCCAGUUUGCAUCAUAUGCAUACGAUGUCUGCAUUUCCGAUAUGCUGACGGGACUGUGUGCCGGCACGUGCGUCUGUGUACCGUCAGAGGAGGAGCGACUGGGCGAUAUUGCCGGCGCCAUGGCACAGUUGCGCGUCAAUUUCGCCAAUCUGACCCCGACCGUGGCGCGUCUGUUGGAUCCGGACCGAGUGCCGGCGUUACAGACCCUCCUGCUGGGGGGAGAGGCGCUCCAGCAGACCGACCUCGACAUGUGGAGUGGGCGUGUGCGGUUGAUGGCCGGUUAUGGGCCCUCCGAGUGCAGUCCGCGGUCAACGGUCAACCCGCACCUGACGGCAGCGUCGAAUCCGCGCAACAUCGGCUUUGCAAGCCUGUGCAACUGCCGCGCGUGGGUGGUCGAGGUGGCCGAUUAUCACCGACUCCGGCCGGUCGGGCUCGUCGGCGAGCUGGUCAUCGAAGGGCCCAACGUCUGCAACGGGUACCUUGGCCACGCUCAGCAGCGCACGGACUCGGGCUUCAUCGACACUCCUCGCUGGUAUGCCGAGCUGAGUCCCACCCUCCAACCUGUGGGCCGGUUCUACAAGACGGGCGACCUGGUGCGGUACGACCUGAGUGACGGCAGUCUGAUUUUUGUGGGCCGCAAUGAUGCCCAAGUCAAACUGCAUGGCCAGCGCGUGGAGCUGGGCGAGAUCGAGUCACAUGUUCGCGCUCUGCCGCUCGCGGAUCCAACUCCGCAGAGCAGCAGCGACAGCAGCAGCAGCGGAGUCAUCUCCAAGGUUGUCGCCGAGUUGGCCCAGCCAGGCGGGCUUGUCAGGACCCCAAGCCUCGUGGUCUUUGUUCAAUUCAGCCAUCCCCAUCGGGGCAUUCCCGACGGAUGGGCUGCCGCGGUGGCCCAGCACCUGGCUGUCCGCAUGUCGGCGGCACUCGUCCCGAAGUACUACGUCGCCCUCGAUGAGAUUCCGCUCAUGUCGUCAGGCAAAGUGAACCGCCGCGCGCUGCAGGCCCUCCCGGCUACUCUCACGGCGGAGCAGCUCGGACUCUCGACCGCUACUCGCAAGGAGAAGCUUCGACCCAGCUCAACGGAGGAGUACCGGCUGUCGCAGCUAUGGGCAACAGUCCUGGAUGUGCCAGAGGCAGAAACUGGGAGAGACGAUCACUUUUUCGAGCUUGGCGGGGACUCAAUUGCGGCAAUCAAGUUGGUGGGAGAAGCGCGCCGGGCGGGGUUCUUACUCACCGUGGCGGAUGUCUUUCAGCACCCGGUGCUUGCUUCAAUGGCCACAAAGCUGACCAUCCUCGCACCGGCUGCGCCGGGGAUGUCGGCCCCAGUGGCGAGCCCUCAGAUGACGGCAAGCUUGGCAGAUCGUGUCAGUCGCGAAUGGAACCUUCCCCGGGACACGAUCCAGGAUGUGUACCCAGCCACGCCGCUGCAGAUGAGCCUGAUGGCGCUGACCACGCGCAAUCCCAAGACGAACACCUUGCAGCACGUCUACCACCUGUCGGCCGAUGUGGAUGUGAUGCGGUUCCGACGCGCCUGGGAGGCGGUCGUGGCGAGGAACGAGAUCUUCCGGACACGGCUGGUCUUCGUCAAGGCGUCGAUCCUGCAGGUGGUUCUGGCGGACAGCAUUGCCUGGGAAACCACACCCUCGAGUCUGCCAGAGUACUUGUCUCGUGUGGACGAUCGACCCUUCAACUACGGCACGCCGCUCAUGCGCCUGGGCCUGCUACCGGACGGGCACCGCGGCGGCUCGUACUUUGUGUGGACCGCCCACCACGUCGUCUAUGACGGUUGGAGCCACUUCCGCACCUUGCGGCUGAUCAAGGAGACAUACGAGGCGGACGCGGUGCCAUUCUCGAUCCCGUUUCGCACGUUCAUCGCCUUUCUGCACCAGGCCGGUGAGGACGAGGCGCAGGAGCGGUUCUGGCAGAACGAGCUGGCCGGAUUCGAGGGCACGGCCUUCCCUCCGCUGCCGCGUGCCGAAUACUGGCCGCUCACGGAUCGCGGGAUUGACCAUGUCAUUACCCUCUGUUCCAAUCUCGCUCCGCAAUCCAGUUCCCAGUUCGCCAACAUAACGCUCUCCACCAUCAUCCGAGUUGCUUGGGCGCUGACGGUCGGCAUCCAGACCGGGACCGAGGACGUGGUGUUUGGGGCGGUGCAAACGGGCCGUAUGGCGCCCCUGGCGGGCGUCGUGGACAUCAUGGGCCCAACCAUCACAGUCGUCCCCGUCCGGGUCCGGUGGGCGCGCAGCCUCACGCUUGGCGAUCUCUUGUUGCAGGUCCAGGAGCAGGGUACGCGCAUGAUUCCAUAUGAGCACGCAGGUGUCAAGGCCAUUGCCAAUAUGGGGGAGGACUGUCGCGUGGCCGCCACCUUCCAGAGCCUGUUGGUGGUGCAGCCGGAGAAGACCGACGGUGCGGCGGCCACGGUAGCCGGCAUGCGUCUGGUGCAGGUUACCGACCGCGAAUUCCCUAGCUAUCUGCUCUCGGUACAGUGCUCGAUCCAGCGGAAUCAGGUGCGCGUGCAUGCCAGUUACGACUCGUCGGUGCUGUCGGGCGAAUGGGUGCAGCGUAUCGUCGGGCAGUUCGAACACCUGCUGCAUCUUCUCGGCGAUCCUCGGAACCUGCCGACGCCGGUGGGUCAGGGGGAGAUCAUCCCCGCCGCAGAUGUGCAGCGACUCCUCGCUCAAGACGCCGCCACGGCCCUUGAUCGCAGCCCGGUGGACGACACAAUAGCUUGGGCCAUCGAGCGCCAGAUGAAGUUGCAGCCGGACGCCCCCGCGCUGUGUGAAAUGGAGGGUCCGGGUAUGAGCUACGGGGAGUUGGACCGACUUUCGGCCCGCCUGGCACUCCACCUGCGUACGCUUGGGGUCGGUCCGGAGAAAGUGGUGCCUUUCUGCUUCGACAAGUCUGUUUGGGCCGUGGUGGCCGUCGUGGGCGUGCUGCGGGCGGGCGGCGUCUGCGUGGCACUGGACCCUGGCCACCCCCCGAGCCGCCACGCGCAAAUCCUGCAGGAGGUCCAAGCCACUCUGGUGCUGACCUCGAACGCGCACCGCGCGCUGUUCAGAGACCAAGGGGUCCCCGUUCUGGCCGUCGACCGGUCCCGGCUGCGCUGGCUGCCUGAAACGGUGAUGACGGGGCCGACCUGCCAUCCCAAGCUGCGGCCGGACCACGCUGCCUGGGUGGUGUUCACCUCCGGCAGCACGGGGACACCCAAGGGCAUCGUGCUGGAGCACGCCUCCAUAUGUGCCACUGCGCGGGGCAACGCAAGCGCGUUAGGGUUUGCCUCGUUUGCGUUCGACGUGGCGAUCGAGGAUAUGUGUAUCACCCUGAUGCACGGCGCCUGUCUGUGCAUUGCUUCCGAACAUGAUCGCCUGAACAAUCUGGGCCCCACCAUGCAGCAGAUGCGGGUGACGUGGGCGGAUCUGACGCCGUCGGUGGCACGAACCAUCGACCCCGAGGCGGUGCCGAGCCUGCAGACGCUGGUGCUGGGAGGGGAGCUGCUAGGCGACGACAUCAUCAGUAGCUGGGCAAACCGCGUGAACCUCUUCAACACGUACGGCCCUGCCGAAUGUGCCAUCUACUCCACGACCACGAGCCCCUUGGGGCUCGACGCCCGCGGGGGGAACAUUGGCCGUCCCAUCGGCUGCGCCUGCUGGGUCGUCGAUCCCGACAAUCACAACCGCCUGAUGCCCGUUGGAUGCACGGGGGAGCUCCUGAUUGAAGGCCCCAAUCUGGCCCGCGGAUAUCUGCACGACGAAGCUAAAACGCGCAGAGCCUUUGUGCACCCCACCUGGCUGGCCGAGUACCGAGGUGGACAGCGUAGCCGGUGCUACGCCACGGGCGACCUGGUGCAACAGAACCCGGACGGCGCCACCCUCACCUUUGUAGGCCGAAAGGACUCGCAGGUCAAGCUACGUGGCCAGCGGAUUGAGCUCGGGGAGAUCGAACAUCAGAUUGCGGUCAGCCUCGCCGGCGAAUCCUGGGCCACCGCAGUGGAGAUUAUCCGGCAGGCGGAACAUCGUCAGGAGGCCCUGGCGGUCUUCUACUGGCCUACCCAGGCCACCGCCGAUGCUCCGGAUGCCGCCCCCCGAGUCGUCGACGACGACGCCCUUGAGGCCACGCGAGCCGUCUUCCUGGGGCUCAAGGCGCAGCUGGCCCGGGUCCUGCCCAAGUAUAUGAUUCCCACCUUGUAUGUGCCCCUUUCCUUCCCGCCAAGCACGCGGACGGGGAAGUUGGAUCGACGGGCGUUGCGCAGCUUGGGAGCCAGCCUCUCGAUGGCGCAGGCUACCGCGUUUGCCCUCGAAGGAACCGCGGGCGGCACAGUCGCCAAAGUGCCGCCGCAGACGGAAAUGGAACGGGUCCUGCUCGAGCUCUGGGGCACCGUUCUUGGCUUGUCGACGGAGCAGAUGGGCAUCCAUGACAGCUUCUUCCAACUUGGCGGGGAGAGCGUCGCGGCCAUCCGGCUAGUGGCCGCGGCGCAACGAAUGAAGCUCGCCAUCACCGUGGCGGACAUUUUCCAUCGCCCCGUGCUAGCCGACAUGGCUGCUUCCCUGCACCCUGAGACGCAACAACAACAACAACAACAACAGUCCGCCGACGAGAUGCUGUCUCCUUCUCCUACCGGUGCCGAUCUCACCGCGCGCGUCAGUCGUGCCUGGAAGAUCGGUUACGAGAGCAUUGAGGACCUCUACCCCUGUACAUGGCUGCAGGAAGACAUGAUCCAGGUGACCCGGCGGGUCUCCGAAGCAAACACCCUGCGCUUCAUUGCGCACCUCGACACGGCCACGGUUGAUCUGGCGCGGUACCAAGCCGCCUGGCAGCAAGUGGUGACGGGGAACCCGAUCCUCCGGACGCGCAUUGUUCGUGUAGACGAUGACGACGAUGAGGGCUACGACGCCAGCGACGACAACUAUCGAGCGCUGCAGGUGGUGGUGGACGAGCCGAUCCAGUGGUGUACCUCCUACAGCCGGCUGAGCGACUAUCUACGCGAGGACCGCUCGACCCGCUUCGACUACGGGACGCCUCUGACACGGUUUGCCCUGAUCCCACAUGGGCCGGAUGAGUAUUACUUCGUCUUCACCAGUCACCACGCCACGUACGACGGCUGGAGCGUGCGGCUCGUGCACGAGAUGGUGGCGGAUCUGUACACCGGCCGCCGCCGUAGCCGCCUUGCCGUGGGCGCCGCCCCUGCCACUACCCCGACGCCCUACAAAGCUUUGGUACAAUACAUCGUGUCGCUUGAGCAGCAGCAGCAGCAGCAGCAACCCAUCCCGACCUACGCCGCCUUCUGGCGCUCGCAACUCCAGGGUUUCAGGAGCAGCACCCAGACGUUUUUCCCGGCGUUCCCCAGCGCAGACUACCGCCCGCUCACCGACAGCGUAAUCGAACUCACCCUGCCCCUACCCCCAAAACCUCGGUCCAACAACAAAAACAACACCCCCACCACCAAGGUUGUCACCAUCUCGACCCUCCUGCGCGCCGCCUACGCUCUCGUGCUCGCGGCCCAGACGCACACGACGGAUAUCUGUUUCGGGGCCGUGCAGGCCGGCCGCUCCAUCGCGCUGCCGGGGAUCUCGGAACUGGUCGGCCCGGCCAUCACCCUGGUACCGGUGCGUAUCCGGUGGAAUGAUGCCAGCAGCGCCGGCGGCGGCGGCGGCGGCACGACGGUCCGCAGCUUCCUCGAAACCAUCCAGGACCAAAGCACGGCCAUGAUCCCCUACGAGCACGUCGCCAAGCCGCGCAUCGCAGCCCUGGGUCCGGACUGCGCUGCCGCGUCCGCCUACCGGUGCCUGUUGAUCGUGCAGCCGGCGUCGUCGACGGGGCCAGUCUCGACCAUCCACGGCGUCACGCCGAUCAAGACCAAGUACCCCGAGUUCCUGGAGUACGGGCUCAGUCUGGAGUGUCGGUUGGCGGCGACGGAAAUGGUUGUGCAUGCGGAUUACGAUCGGACGGUACUGGGGCCUGAGGAGGUGAGCCAUGUGAUUCGGCUGUUGGGGACCGCGCUGGGAUGGCUGGCGGGUGAAGACGAGAUGGGGAUGACGGUGGGGCAGUUGGCGAGGCGGUUGCGUGAGGAGUGAGUUUCGUGUUCGAUAUAGAAUUGUGGGACUUCCACCUCUUUUUUUCUUUUCUGCUUCUCCUUCCGUCCCCAUCCAAGGGGAAACUUCUUCUUGUCCCAACUCUAUUAGUGUCUGCCCACUUUUUUGGUACUGGGCUGUAUAAAUGAGGAUGGGAGGUUUAUACGAGCACUCGGAUUGAGCUUCUUAUAGGCUACUUCCAGGUUUGUCGGUGGAACAUCCGUCAAUCUCGGGGAAUUGGGAUUUUAUUAAUGUGGAUAUAACAUACUUGUGCGUGUGUGUGUGUGUGUAUUAGGAUAGUGUUGGACAUAGUAAGUAAAUAGUAUUGGC